UGCCAUCGAUUGUGCUAUGAAUACAAUACACCGAUUAUACCGUACGGCGCGGGAACCGGUCUGGAGGGCGGUGUGAACGCCGUGUGCGGCGGUGUUUGCAUUGAUAUGACUGCCAUGAAUCGGGUGCUGGAAGUGAAUCGCGAAGACUUUGACUGUCGAGUAGAGGCGGGCUGUGACUGGCGGUCACUAAACGAGUAUCUGCGGGACACUGGCCUCCACUUCCCCAUAGAUCCGGGCGCCAGCGCUUCGGUGGGAGGAAUGGCCGCUACGGGCGCUUCCGGUACUAAUGCCGUUGCUUUUGGGGCAAUGAAACAGAAUGUACUCAAUCUGGAAGUUGUUUUACCCGAUGGUCGGGUGACCCACACCUCUGGCCAAUCGUGUCGAUCGCGUAAAUCGUCGGCCGGUUAUGACUUGACCUCAUUGUUUGUGGGCAGCGAAGGAACGCUGGGAACUAUUACUCAACUCUGUCUUAAACUGAGCGCAAUUCCCGAAUGUGUGUCGUCUGGUGUCUGUACUUUUCCCGACGACAAGUCGGCCAUCGAUUCGGUGAUCGAAACCCUGCAGUCGAGUAUACCUGUGGCCAGAGUAGAGUACUUGGACUCCGUAUCGAUCGGCGCCUGUCUUUCGUACAGCAAAGUCACUGAUCUGGAGGUGAGUCCCACUCUAUUCCUCGAGUUCACGGGCGCCACAGACGAAGAGGUGGAGCGCCGGGCAGACAAUGUCCGACAGAUAGUCGAGUCUAAUGGCGGCACAAACUUCCGGUGCUCUACAGAUCCGACAGAACGGAAACAGCUGUGGAAAGCGCGCCACGAGCUGUACUACUCGUGCCGAUCCCUAAUACCCGACCCUCUGGUCAUUAUAACCGACGUUUGUGUCCCGAUAUCGCGAUUGACUGAAAUGAUAGUCCGCGCGAAAGCAUUGAUAGCCCGGGAGGGAGUGUUGGGUCCGGUGUUUGGACACGUGGGCGACGGAAACUUCCACAGCCUUCUGAUUGUUCCGCGCAGUGAUGGCCAGGCGUUGGCGCGCGUGAAAGCCGUGGCCACAGAAAUGGCCGAAAUAGCACUGGAAUUGUGCGGCACGUGUACGGGAGAGCACGGCAUAGGCAGAGGCAAAGUCGGACUAUUGAACACACAAUACGAUUCCGUGGCUAUGGAUGUGAUGAGACAAUUGAAGAAAGCAUUGGAUCCCAAGAAUCUAAUGAAUCCAAAGAAAUUGUUUGUCGAUUGA